AUGCCGAAAAACAGAAAUUACGUGCCAAAGCGUCAUGGCGCCCCGGCAGAGCUUGAAUUCAACCCUCCGCUAGUAAUGUGGGACUUUGGACAAUGCGAUCCAAAGAGAUGCACAGGUCGUCGACUGGAAAGAUUCAAGAAGUUAAAAGUAAUCAAGCAACAACAGAAAUGCCACGGAAUUUCGCUAACUCCGAUUGCCACUGAAUUUAUUUCAAAGAAAGAUGCAGAACUUGUCGCUUCAAAGGGACUUGGCGUUGUCGACUGUAGCUGGGCGAAGUUGGAAGAAACGCCGCUUAAGAAGCUGAAAAGCGGUGGAAACAGAAUCUUACCGAUGCUGAUUGCGGGCAACCCAGUCAACUAUGGAAAACCGAACCGGCUCACUUGCGUUGAGGCUUUUUCAGGCACGAAAGAAGCAGCAGAAGUGAUGGAAGGCUUCAAAUGGGGCCACAACUUUCUUGAAAUGAACGAAGAAUACCUCGAUCGAUAUCAAGAAGCAGAGAACUCGGAGGAAAUGAGACAGAUUGAAGAAGAAAUCAAGAAAGAGAUCGCCGAAGGAACAGAAGACAAUGGUCAAGGAAAUCGAGACAUGCCUCCGUCAGAAAGUGAGGAAGACGAGAGUGAAGACGAUGACGAUCUGUUACCGCCAAAUCCUAAUCGAGAUCUGCCACCGUCGUCGUCAGAAGAAGAUGAGGAGGAAUAG